AUGGCCACCAAUCCCGAGAAUCAAGGACACAUGAUGGGAGCUCCCCAAAUGGCUCCACAUGACCUUGGUGUGGACCAGAUUCCGCCCCAUCAACACGGCCUGGCUUCUCCUCAUCCAUCUGAUGUGACAGCUACAUCAGCAUUGGGGUUUCCAGAUCCCAUGACGCGGGUAGUUCAGCCGGUUCCACAAGGUCAAGUGCUUCCUCCACCAAUGGUGGGAGCACCACAGAUUCCACAGGGAGAACCACCGGCACAAGUGGUGACUGAAGACUCUCUCAAACGCUCCGCUCCUUCUAAUAAUAAUGCUCGAAAGCCGCCUCCCAAAAAGCCACGACGAGACUCCAGGGAGGGGCGAAUGUCAUGGAAUGACAGUUUGUUUGAACUGCUCAAGUUCAAGGCCGAGCAUGGCCACACGGACGUUCCUGAAGAUCACCCAAUCUACUUUUGGGUCUACACGCAACGAAAGAACAAGCGCCAAAAGGAGUGGAGACAACAGCACAAUAAAACUGAGAAUCCAGGAACACGCAAGCUGACAGAUGAUCAUAUCAAGGUGUUGAAUACUAUUGAUUUUUGCUGGGACCCCUACAAAAAGUCCAUUGCCGAAAGAUGGAAGCAACGCUUCGACGAACUCGUUACCUUCAAGAACCAGCAUGGACAUACUAAUGUACCUCAGAAGAGUAAUGCUCGCGGCUUGUCCAGUUGGGUCAAAGUCCAACGUAUGAAUUACACACAUGCCCAAAAACAAAAGCAGGGUGAAAAGCUCGCUAGUGAGCACUGCGUAGCGCUGUCUCAAGAUCGUAUUGACAUGCUCGAUUCGAUUGGGUUUGAAUGGAGAGUAAAGAAAGUGGCCCAAGGAUGGGAUGCUCGAUUCAACCAGCUUCUCGAGUACAAAGGUAUUAAUGGUGAUACCCUUGUUCCUUUCAACUAUGUCAAUGAGCAUGGCCGCCUUGGCCGUUGGGUCAAUAAGCAACGACACGAAAAGACCCUCAAGCUUCGUGGUGAAAAAUCACAGCUCACAGACGAGCGCGAGCACCGACUCAAUGAGAUUGGUUUCCGUUGGGUAGCUCCUGGAUUUCAGAAGAAGACCGUCAAGGAAUGGGCCAACCCACACGAUGGGAUUCCUGAGGCACAUGCAGACCAUGAUGUUAUGGUACCACCACCACACAACCCAGCUCCAGUUGGAUUGCCCCAUGCGCCUCAUCACAUGCAUCAUGAUUCACAAGAACAAGUCUAA